GGGAGGGGCGUGAGGAGAGGCUCGCAGGCGCGGCGGAGGGCGCAGCAAGAAGGGCACGGCAAGGACGUCGGCGGCGCGGAUCAUGCUGAGCUGGGCGUGCGGUACGAUCGCCUCAGCGCUGCGGGGCGCGCGCGCGCCGCCACUGGCGGUUGUCCAGAGGGGCCUGCGUUCGACAAGCUCGCGGUUCUUGGCAGGUCCGGGCGAGGGAGCGGAGAAGCCGCUCCGCGCCUUCGACCCAGCGCUGCUGGAGUUCCUGGUGUGCCCGCUCUCCAAGAAGCCGCUGCGAUAUGAAGCAUCCACAAAUGAACUGAUCAAUGAAGAGUUGGGAAUAGCCUAUCCAAUCAUUGAUGGGAUUCCUAACAUGAUACCACAAGCAGCUAGAAGAACACAUCAACAUAAGAAGCAAGAAGAAACAGAGCAGCACUGAAUCAUCAUUUAAAAAAAAAAACACGGCAACAUUUACUUAACAAUCUAUACUUUAAAGCACGGCGGCAGCACGGCGGCAGGUAGUGGGUGGGUAAGAAAAAUGUUUCUGUCUCUGCCUACCCUGACCGUGCUUAUUCCACUGGUCUCCUUAGCGGGCCUGUUCUACUCGGCCUCUGUGGAGGAAGACUUCCCGCAGGGCUGCACGAGCACAGCCAGCCUUUGCUUUUACAGUCUGCUCUUGCCCAUCACCAUCCCAGUGUACGUGUUCUUCCACCUGUGGACCUGGAUGGGUAUUAAGCUCUUCAGGCAUAAUUAAGGCAGCCACAGCCAGGAUGGCUACCUGUGUAAGUCCUAAGCACCUGUCCCCGACAGCUCAGCGGGGUGGAAAUACUGGAGACCCGUUUAGUUUGGAGGAAGUUGCUUUGCUUUGCUUUGCUUAACUCGGGUUUAGAACUAAGAGGCUUAAACUGCAGAAGCUUUGAUUGUAUUUCUGUUUUGCCUGCUUUUUGAAGAUUCUCACUGCUGUAUCAGAGAAACAUUUCAAUGAAAUGUUGUGUGGGUAGGGGAUUUAGCUCAGCGGAAUAAGUGCCUGCCUGGCUAUGCCUGGCUAGCACAAGUCGUGAGUUCGAUCCCCAGUACCAAAAAUAAAUAAAAUAAAAUGUGAUAGAGAUUAA